AUGUCCUUCAUCAUCCGCAACACUCUACGCCGCGUACCACUCCGUGCUCACGCUCGUUUCUAUGCCAGCGCCAAACCGGACUUGCUCAGCAAGUACAGUGAGCAGCUUCAAAAGAAAGCUCUGGAGUUGGGUGUGGGUUCUGUCGACGAAUUGAAGGAGAAACUCCUGUCCGAUAUUGCGGAGAAGAAGAAGGCCAUGAAUAGCGUAGACCCAUUGGCUGAACUCGAGGAGUACGAGCGGAAACAGGCAGAGGAGUUGAAGCAAAGAAAGCUCAAGGACCAGGGAUCCGAUAAGAUCCGUGAUGCUAUUGAUGCGUCCACACCAAAAACCCCUUAUAAAACCCUCUCUUCGUAUCUAGAUUUGGAGAAAGUGAAGGCUUUGCCAAAGUCAGAGUUGCAGUACAUCUGGAGAGCCAGAUUCGCCAACCAGGAUCGGUCUUUGCAUGCAACCAUUGAUGCUGCUCAGUUUGCGGGAAUAUUUGCAAAUGCUUUCAAAAAUCCCAGCUUUGUGCUUCCUUUGCCAAGGGACGGUCAGGGGUACGAGAUUCACUUUGUCCAAUGGGCUUUUGUUGGCCCCAACACAACCCACUGUAUGUUGACUUCUUUAGCUGAGUACAAGCUUCACAAGGAAUAUGCUAAACCUCACACUACCCUCAUGUUUCAUCAGGAGCUCGUUGCUGACACCGGCAUCGUUUUGAUGAACGGAAGGGUCGAGGAGGAUGUACCCUUGUCCAUGGACGAGGCUCAAUUGUUGCUACUCAACGUGCAGAGAUUCUAUGGUGGAACCCCCGAAUCAGAGACUUCUCAAAGAAAGUUGCAAAUGUUGAGAGCCUUCACUCAGGGAGAUGAGUCGUUUACUAUGGAUCUGCUUAUUGAGGAGGCUGCUCUGAUGGACUAA